GUUUACCCUGACCGGCAGCAGGAGCUUAAGUCCGGGAAGGCUCUAUGCACUCGUGCUGCAGGUCAUCAACCCCUACCAGCUGCCAGCACUUUCGACGUCCACCGACUGGACGGUGUGGACCUACAGUAACCCAUCAGGUGCUGCCGAAGCAGUACUCGAUCGCACCACUUUCCCGGGUUUCCCGCUGAUCCCGCGUCUGAGCACCUGGAAGGUAACAGCUCCUUCAGUCCAGUCGGCUGGGCGCACCGUCUCAGGCGUCCUCUUCGAGCUCUCCGUUCCUGCUUUGGUGGUUGCCGGGUCGCAGCUGCUGAUUCGCGCCCCCGAGGGCGUCGAUAUCACGAAGCCUCCUACUUGCUCCACGCAGUUGGGCAGCGUCCUGGGUGGAAGUACCACAACGAUCGGUCGCGCGGAGUCGCUGCAGGCAUGCGCCUUGCGUGUCUGGCAGGAAGUGGAAGAGGCGUCUGCCGCAUCCUGGAGGACUUGGGACGGUGUUUGUUCGGGCCAUGUGGAUAUCGGCAGUCUAUCGAUUUGCAGCACAGACGAUGACUGUUCAGACAUCAUCUACGAGGUUUGCAGCCUGACGACUUCACGUCGGGAGUGCCACGGAUUCGCAUACCGGGGCGCUGUGUCGCUCUCCGUGAUCCCCAGCUGUGCGAAGCGACAGCUACGGCUGGUUCUUGGGCAGGCGGACUCCAUCCCAAGCGAGCGGCUUUGGCAGUUCCAGCUGAAUGUGAAGAACCCCACAAGCAAUCCGAGCAUCCAGGAACAGUUCUGGCAAGCCGAGGUCUACGAACCCUCGGCGGGCGAACCGUCCUUCGCCGCUUCUGCCGAGGGCUGGCGGAUCAUCCCAAGCCUCCUUGCGACGAGGGUCACAUUGCUGGGCCCCCUCCUGGCCACUGGAAGCCUCUCCACUCUCGAGGUACAGUUCCAGAGUCCGAGCAACGCCAACUCCAUCCAACUUGACGUUGCUGCACCUGCCGAUUUCGACUGUCGCGCUGCCUCUGCCUCCGACCGGGUGGUGACCAGUGCAACCGAGUUGUCCGUGACGGUCGCAGCCAGUAUCCUGGCAGGUGCCACUCUGUCGCCGCCACUUCGUUUGUCCAGCAUCCGCUUGGGAUCACCCGGACCUGCAAGUUUCGUGGUGAAGAUUCGACAAGGCGAAACGGCAGUUGGCGAAGACUUGGACGUGUCGGAUCGGUUCUCCUUCCGGGUGCCCCAGCGGAUCUCCGUGGAAUCGCAG